AGGGCCGCUGGACCCCAUCUCCGUCCUCGGGCUGAACAGGAAGUGAGCAGGUGCUGGGGUGGAAUCGGGUACCUCGGGGCCUCCGAAACCCAGACUAAGCAAGGAGUUAGCCGAUGAAGAUGCCAGGGAGUCUGGGAGCCCUCCGAGCCCUGCCUCUCCUCCUCUUCCUGUCCGAAGCCUGCCUGGGCCCGGGCUGCCAGGCCCUGACGGCGGCAUGGAGUCCGACGUCCGUGACAGUGAACAUGGGCAGCAAGGCCCACCUCACCUGUAGUCACGACGGGGGGACCCCCAACAUCACGUGGUGGCACAUCGUUCACGGCAACCUCACGGGGCCCCCGGUGUUAGUGGGUGAAGCUCCCGGAGGCGAGCUGGUCAUCUCCAACGUGAACAAGAGCCACCGGGGCUUGUACAAGUGCAGCGUGACAGAAAACAACGUCACGAAAUACUCCUGCGGCACUUACCUCCUGGUGCGCGAGCCCAUCCCGAGGCCCUUCCUGGACAUGGGGGAGGGCACCAAGAACCGGAUCAUCACGGCAGAGGGGAUCAUCCUGCUGUUCUGUGCCGUCGUGCCUGGGACGCUGCUGCUCUUCAGGAAGCGAUGGCAGAAUGAGAAGUUUGGGGUGGGCAUGCCGGAUGACUAUGAAGAUGAAAAUCUUUAUGAGGGCCUGAAUCUUGAUGACUGCUCUAUGUAUGAGGACAUCUCCAGGGGACUCCAGGGCACCUACCAGGACGUGGGCAGCCUCCACAUUGGAGAUGUCCAGCUGGAAAAGCCAUGACAGACACCCCCUUCCCCACGCCCCGUCCUGCUGUGCUGCCUGGCCCUGCCUGCCUGCCCUACUCUGGCGUCCGGCCUCACUGCUCUUCUCCCCGUCCCCAGUCCUUGUCCCACCCUUGCCUGCAGACUGCCCCACCCUCCUCUCCCACCUAAUUCUGUCCUUCCCCAAGCCUGUCCUGGGCUCCCUCUCCAGUGGGUAAUGAGCCCUUAAUCGCCGCCUCUAGGGGAGCUGAUUACAGCCUCGUUAGUGUCCCCCUCCUCCCAGAUCUGUCAUGGCCACUUAAGUGAUAAUAAAUCCUUCCCAAAGCA